CUGUCGAGGGUGAUCGCAAUCGAGGCCUUCACUCGCAAUCCGAGUCAGUGUCGCUCUGUCACCUUUGCAGAAUUAGACCCCAGUUUUGCCGAUUUAGGUAGCUUGUUCUGUGAUCUAGCUGAUUAACACACUACAUCGACGCCACGAAUUAGUUGGGUCGUCAUCGGAGUACAGCAUUGAGAGGUUUUCAACCCGAGUCUGAGGAAAGGGCCCGUUGAGGGGGACGCAAUGGGGCAUGUUGUGCGUCAGGCGAGGAUUUUCGGGUCGAAAUUGGGUCUAUCGUCUGGAACAGCUUCUCAUGCGAUCGCGGAGAUAGGUGGGUUUCGUGGAGCUCGUUGGAAUGGGACACCCAAUUCGAAUUUGGUACAGUCGUUGUUGAGUUCUGGCCGAGGUUUUGCGAUGGGCAGGCCCGCGCAGCUUGUGUUGUGGCCUGUUGAUGCCUCUGUUGACGCCUCGUUGAAGUGUGAGGAGCGGCUGGAGCUCUGCAAGUCUGGGAAUUUCGGAGCAAAGAAUGGCGUGUGGUACUCUGGGCAUAAUUCGCCAGGAUGUUUUUCUCGGAGCUACUCGACAAGUUCUAGUGCACCUUCAUCCUUGUUUCCCACAGCUCUUCAGGGUGCGAGUCCAGGACAUGGUUUAGGAUUUCGUCAGCCGCAAACUCUGAUUCCAAUCCAAAGAAGCUCUGUAAGGGGUGACCGUGGAUUUGCAAAAACUGUUCUUAUGCCUCACAUGCAGAAGCCAAUGAAACUACGCGUUUACAUGGGCAGUCCCGGGGUCAUAGGAGAACCAUGGAAACCUCUUCCUCCACCUCUUCCUUUCUUAAAACGAUGGUUUACAAAAGAGGGAUGGAAGAUUAGGAAGCAGAAUAUUCAAGGCAUGUUGAAGACAGGCUUUACAUUAGCGAAAAUACGACAGAAGACAAAAGGCUACUCACAAACCAAGUUUUAUCGAGAUGCUACGGAUCUUUACAAAGAAAUCAAUAAUGCCUUAGCAGCUGGGGACCGUACUGCUCUACGGCAGCUUGUUACUGACAAUGUCUUGACGGCAAUGAAGAAAGAGCUGAAGCACAGGGAGCUAGCUUGGGCACGAGUUCACUGGGAGCUUGUGGGUCCGCUUAAGUCGAUUCGGACACUGCAGGGCCGUUUGAUAGGAAUUGAUCAGAAGAAUAUGGACACAGCGUUUGCCCAGCUUACCCUUCGGAUUGUUAGUACUCAGAGAUUCGCAGCAUAUGACAAGCAAGGGAAACUUGUUGCUGGGGACCCUGAGAAAGAGCUUACGGUGGAAGAUAUCUGGGUCUUUGAAAGACAAAUUUCACAUCCAGAACUUAGGUGGAAACUGUGUGGUCGUCUCUCAGUCUGAGUGGCUGUGGUUGAGUAUCCUCUAUUUUCGACUAGCAUUUGGCAUCUAGCAAGGAGGAAACGAUUUUAUCAAAUCAGAGGCAUUAGACUAUCUGCUUCGUAUUUCAGGAAUCCAUUCAUUUCGAAUCCCUAGUUGACAUACCUAGGAACCCCUUGAAACAAAGACAAACUAGUGCAUAGAGUCUAGAACGAAGAAUACCUGUGUUUUAGGAUACAAAUGGGAUCUCACCAUUAUACCGAGACACGUGAAUGUUGCUUAGCUUAAGUUCAACCUCAUUCUACCUGAAAACUUGAGUGUCCUCACGAGGACCACCAUCUCCUGAUUUUUUAGUAAAAAGUCGCUGGUACAGACAUCCUAUCGUCACUCUUAAUUUUGUUCAUAUCACUAAAUGUGCAAUUUCAAGUGAAUGCAGGA